GAAUCGGGGGAAGUUUACAGCGAGCUGACGGACUGGCAUCGACUUCACUGUCGGCCGUCAGCGCGCGCAACGCGUGUCCUCGCUCUCUCUCUCUCUAUCGCUCUCGCUCUCGCUCUCUCUCUCCCUCACACACACACGCACACACCGAGGCACACACUGUGGCACUCCGCGCGCCUCUCCACCUGAACGCGUCACAGCACGGCUCGGCUCCAGUGGGCUGCGAUACAUGAACAUCUUUGCAACGGUCGAGUUUGAUUCCCGGCCGGGUUCCGCGCGGCGCGUCUCGCCCCAGGACGGACAUGGACGUCAUUCCGAUGUGCAGCAUCUUCCACGAGCUCCAGAUCGUCCACGACACGGGAUACUUCUCUGCGCUGCCAUCGCUGGAGGAGUACUGGCAGCAGACGUGUCUGGAGCUGGAGCGCUACCUGCAGAGUGAGCCGUAUGUCUCCGCCACCGACAUCAAGUUCCAGGGCCAGGAGGAGCUGUGGAGCAAGCUGAUGCUGGCUUACGGCGAUAAGACCGCCGUCGCCGGGGACGACGACUCGGAUGCCGCCGAGCCCCUCCCCCGUCGGCGCGGCGACGAUGACCCGCGGCCGGACGGCGGCAGCUUCGUGUCCGACGCCAGCAGCGACGCAUCCGACUGCUCGGAGGAGCCGGCGGGGUCGCCCCUCCUUGACUCCCCCGCCCACCCCCUCGCCGGCCUGCUGCCGGGGGAGGGGCCAGAGGACGAGAGGAUGGGCUCCGCCCUCAUCGGCACGCCGCCCUCCUCGCCCGAGACCGUCAAGGAGGAGGCGGUGGGGGGAGGGGCCGCGGGCUGGGGCGCCGCCCUGACGCCCGGUGGGAAAAUACGGACAGGGGGCGGGGCCCGCGGCGCGCUGGCCAACGGGGAGGCGGGGGCUUCGCCGGACGGGAGGAGGCGUGUCCACCGCUGCCACUUCAACGGCUGCAGGAAGGUGUACACCAAGAGCUCCCACCUGAAGGCCCACCAGCGCACGCAUACAGGUGAGAAGCCGUACCGCUGCUCGUGGGAAGGCUGCGAGUGGCGCUUCGCCCGGAGCGACGAGCUAACGAGACACUUCAGGAAACACACCGGAGCCAAGCCCUUCAAAUGCAGCCACUGCGACAGGUGUUUCUCCCGCUCCGACCACCUGGCGCUGCACAUGAAGAGACACAUCUAAGAUGGCCGCCGCUGUGAGGUGUUCCUGGAUGUGUGCCCUGAGCUUUGAGGGGGAGGAGGAGGAGAGGGUCUCCGUGGAGACGUCUCCGCGAACGUUCCGGUCGGGGGAGGACAGCGGUCAGCCCAUAUUUGCCCCGCCCCCGGUGCCUCCGUCACCUGACCGGGGGCCCGACGCUCUCGGACGCUCGGCAUCCUGGGAGGGGACCUCUUCUUCUUCUUCGGUGGUGCUGGAUGCUUUUGUUUUGAGGGCUUGAGGGGCCGGCGCGCCCCCCAGGGCCCCGCCCCCCCCGCCGUGUGCAUGAUGACUGUGAGUGGCUGCGGCCGAUGCCUGGGCCGGCUUUAUGGAGUGGCUGGAGUUUGCGUUUUUUUGGACUCGGACUUUGGAUGAACAGCUUGGGAUCAAUGGAGCGCCCGGAAGGGGGAUGGGCUGGACGGAGGGGGAGUCCGGACAUUCAGGGGGGAGGGGGGGGGGGGGGGGGGGGGGGGGGGUGUUCCAUUGUCUGAUGAUGAGUGAAUGCGAGCUAAAACGUUUUGUUUUGGUGUUUGGUGGCGUGGUGUGAGUCUGGACUGUGGAGGGCCGGGGGGGGCGGGGGCAGGGGAGAGAGGGGCGCCCCCUGCCUGCCCGGCGGUGGGACCGCAGCCCCCCGUGUCACCACGGGGGCUGGGUCUGUUUUAGUGCAGCUAUUAAAUGUGCAAUGUAAUAACGUAGCCUGUUUCAAAAAAGUACACGCUUUGAAAAGCUC